UUAGAAAACAUUAAAUUAUAAAUAAAUGUUUCUAAAAAAAGAAAAUGACUGGAGUGACAGUGCUAUUUUUGACUUUUGUAACUCUAAUCAACGUUGUUCACUGUCAACUGGAACUGUCUGGUUUUCGAAACAUAACAUUAUGGGCACACAAGGAAUCGCAGAACUAUGUGCAAAAUCGAACUACACUACCUCGUGCACAUCUAAAUAUGACAUCAUGGUUCAAAGACGCUAGAUCAACCAUAAUUGGAAAUGGUAGUCCCCGCGUACGAGGUAAAUUUUGUCAACGUUGUCCCUGUGCAUGCAAAACCCAACCGAGAAAGAAUGGAUCAUUUUCUCGGCCUGCGCUUCGUAGAUAUGUGGCUGGAAGCGCUAGCGAAAACUCACUAAAAAGAACAAGGUAA